UUCAUAGAGAAGCCAUCGAUUCAUCCUAGAAGUGACGUGAAGCAGCAAUCAUUUAGCUUAAUUUUCUACUUUUUUUCCGUCAGGCUCCUUGGAGAGAAGGAUUCACGGCCUAAAAUCGAAGCAGACGGUAAGAAGUCAUGUAUAAAAACCAAUUGCAAGAAUUGGCUCAAAGAAGCUGCUUCAACUUGCCUUCGUAUUCAUGUAUCCGUGAAGGUCCUGAUCAUGCCCCAAGAUUUAAGGCUGCUGUCAAUUUUAAAGGGGAAACUUUUGAAAGCCCUUCAUUUUAUCCAACUUUGAGACAAGCUGAGCAUGCUGCAGCCGAGAUUGCUCUGAAUACACUUGCAAAUAAGGGUCCUUCUAAAGCAUUGGCUGCAAAGAUCUUGGAUGAAACUGGGGUGUACAAAAAUUUGCUUCAAGAGACUGCCCAUCGAGCUGGAUUAAACCUUCCUGUCUACACUACUGUUAGAUCUGGACUCGGCCAUGCAACAGUUUUCUCUUGUACCAUUGAAAUUGCAGGAAUGAGCUUUUCAGGUGAGCCUGCUAAGACCAAGAAACAAGCUCAGAAGAAUUCAGCACUGGUUGCUUGGUCUUCCCUAAAACAAUUGGCUCAACAAAGAUCUACUACUUCUUCAUCUUCUUGCCCUUCAUCGGAUUCCAAUAGUAGUGAGGAACAAGACAAAACAGUAAUUGCUCGCCUUCUACUGAGUUUACAGCCAACAGACUUGAACCGGUCAAAACAACAUGAGGAUCGUGAAGGCAAACUCCUUAGAUCUCUUCCUGUCCGUAAAGAUCCUCCCAUCACACAAAAACCGAGCUCAUCCCCUGCCCGUUAUCAAAACUGGGCUUACUCAAACCCCUCACAAGAAACGCUCUUGAUGUAUCAACUUUGGCAGCAAGCACAUUUCCCACGUCAAAUGUUGGCGUACUCAAUUCCACCCACAUCACCACCUCCCCAUGUUCUUCAUCAACAAAUGCACCCUCUUUUCCAUCCUCAAAUGCCAAAUGCUAAUAAUCUGAACCUGCCUGGAAUCUCUGUUUCUUCUUUGAUCCCUUCAAUUUAUCCAACAAGAAAUGUUAUCCAUAAUCCUACGACCCUCCAAGAGAUGGAGGAUAGAAAAGGAGAAGAAUCGCCAUCUUCAGGAUUGUCUCCAAUUAUUGAUGCGGGGAAGUGUCAAUUGAGUUCAUUUAUAUCUGGUAGAGGAAGUGGACCAAUAGGAAUGCAUUCUACUUUUAUGGCUCCUCCGGUCCAAGUUAGAUCGAUAAUACCUGUAUGUUCCCCACUGCCACUUACAAGACCGAGCCAGAGCCAGGAUGGACAAUCAUCUAGGCAAGAGAAUGAUGAUUAUCAAGCCGCUACUGUUGAACUCAGCAAGAUUCAUAUAUAAGUUAUCUUGUUUCUUUUCAAAUGUGGUUUUACCCUAUAUGACAGUUUUCCUGGUCUAGAUGACUGCAUAAAGAAAUGUGUACUUAGUAGUAGUUCCUUAUUAAUGUCUAUAUAUUGCAAGUAGUACAGGAAACAAUAUAUGUGUAUUAUUGGGAAAUGGUAGUCACCCAAACUAUGAAAACCAAGAUAUAUAAUUAUUUUAUUUUCAUUC